UUAGACUUUGGGGGCCGUGUUACCCAGGAGUCGGCGAAGAACUUCCAAGUAGAGAUGGACGGGAAACAGGUGCUCCAGUUUGGUCGAAUCGAAGGUGGAGCGUACACACUAGAUUUCAAGCGACCCUUUUCUGCAAGCCAGGCUUUUGCUGUUGCUCUGGCAAGCAUAACACAAAGGCUCAAGUAA